GGCGACUGAGCGGCGGCCUCGGUGGUGGAUUGAGCGGGUCUGAACGAGGUUCCCAGAGGGCUGCGCGAACUCGGCGAGUGGACGCUGUCAUGGCGGGCUUGCUGAAGAAGACCACUGGCCUUGUGGGGUUGGCUGUAUGUGAGAGUCCACACGAGAGGCUAAGAAUAUUAUACACAAAGACUCUUGAUGUUCUUGAGCAAAUUCCUAAAAAUGCAGCAUAUAGAAAGUAUACGGAACAGAUUACAAAUGAGAAGCUGGCUAUGGUUAAAGCGGAAUCAGAUGUUAAAAGAUUAGAAGACCAACUUCAGAGUGGCCAAAUAGAAGAGGCGAUUCUUCAGGCUGAAAAUGAACUAAGUCUGGCGAGAAAAAUGAUACAGUGGAAGCCGUGGGAGCCUUUAGUGGAAGAGCCUCCUGCCAACCAGUGGAAAUGGCCGAUAUAAUCAUCAUUAAAUGACUUGUGUGUUGACAGGAAGCUGAUGUAAUUAAAUGUCCUAUUAUAUCAAAAGUUUCCAUAUUAUUUAUAUCUUAUCAAGAAAACUGACAUAGAACAUAUUUAGGAGACUUUUUAAAAUUAGUAAUUAUGUAGUAGAGACUUAUGAUAUCAGUUUUUAGUUUGUAAAGCAUUUAAAUUAUUUCGAAGAUUUUUUUUUUUUUUAAAUAGAAGUUGUCGGACAAUUUGAAAGUUAAUUGGAAAAAUUUCUAUAGAUUUCAAUGCAGAGGCCAUGUUUGAAAGGUCAAAUAUUCUUAGUAGUAUCUUAUCAUUUAAUUAUUUUUAAUUCCGAUAAACCUAGAAAAGGUCUUUAAUUAUUGUUACUGCUUAAACAAAUUUAUAGGUCAUUGUUUAAAAUGAAGUAGUAACAGUAAAAACCAUCAAAUUAAAAUUUAUUGUAUAGUUGAGGAAAUUGGCUUGAUAUUUGAGAGAUUUCUUAUUUAUAGUGGUAGUUGGAAAAACUUUUUCUUUCGUCUCAUUUAAGGCAGUUGGCUUUCUAGCCCUUAGCCUUUAGUUUUCUUGAUUAACCAAACUACAUCAGGAAAGAGAAUUUCUGUAAACGAAGAGAUAAAAGUUCCUAAAGUUUAUCUAGCAGACAUCUUAGUCGUAUAGUUAUAACUUCAAAGCGGAAUCACUAAAUAGUCUUCACUGAGUUUCCAGUGUGAGUGCAGAAGGGUUAAACAAAGAUAAGUGCUGUUUAAGCAAAGAAGCAGUUGACAAGCUUAAGGUUAAACAAAAAUAAAAUUACUUUUCGUGUGUCCUCA